GUAAGAUCUCACUCAGGUGAGAUUUGGAGUCCUGGUGGCACAAUGGUUAAGAGCUCUGCUGCUAACCAGAAGGUCGGCAGUUUGAAUCCACCAGCCACUCCUUGGAAACCUUGUGGGGCAGUUCUACUCUGUCCUGUAGGGUCACUAUACGACGGCAAUGGGCUUGAUUUGGUUUGUUUUUUUUUUCCAGAUGGGAUUAGGGCCCACCCUGCUCCAGUGUGACCUCAUGUUAACUGAUAACAUCUGCAAAGACCCUGUUUCCGAACAAAGUCACACAGGGUGUCCAAGAUGCAUGCAGUGUGACACCAAGUUUGACUUCAUCACCAGAAAGCACCACUGUCGCCGCUGCGGGAAGUGCUUCUGCGACAGGUGCUGCAGCCAGAAGGUGCCGCUGCCGCGCAUGUGCUUUGUGGACCCCGUGCGGCAAUGUGCCGAGUGCGCCCUGGUGUCGCAGAGGGAGGCUGAGUUUUACGACAAGCAGCUCAAAGUGCUGGUGAGCGGCGCUACUUUCCUUGUGACUUUCGGCAAGUCAGAGACACCCGAAACGAUGGUUUGCCGUCUUUCCAACAAUCAGAGGUUCUUGGUUCUGGAUGGAGAUGGCCAUUACGAAAUUGAAAUCACACGUAUCUCCACCAUGCGAAUCCUGACGGAAGGACUCCCUCCUGGAGGCGGCAGCGCGCGGGCCUCGGGCAUGCUCCUGCAGUAUGGCGUUCCCGGGAGCGAGGGCGUGAGCCAGCUGACGCUGACGGCUGGGGAAGACGCCAAUGCCAGCAAGAGACCUGCGGCAGCGUGGCUGGCGGCCAUGCACAAGGCUGCCAAGCUCCUGUACGAAUCACGGGACCAGUGACCCCUGCACGUGCCCAGUGACAGCAGACGUGGGACGGGGGCCCUGCUCCUGCGUGCGCAGCGCCCAAAGCCGGUCCUGCAGCGCUGGGGUGCACUCAAGUAUUUGGGGAAGAAGUGUUCACUUACCUAGUGCAAUAUGUACACAGUUGAUUAAUGCCAUCAAAGCUCACGUUUUAGGGUGUGUAUUAUCUUGCUGGUACUUAACUGGGGGUGGGAGACUGAGCUAUAGCUAUGCUACUGCUAAACUACUUUUAGCAUACUCUGCACGGUGUUUCUUUGAGUUCCCAGAUUUACUAGAAGGUUCUGCCCACAGCGUUAACUAACCUCCACAGAAACCAUCUCGGUAGGGUAACUCAGGUGUCUAUGUGGUACUGGAGUCUGUUCCGUCUUUAAUAUGCCAGUUCACAGAGUCUGCCUUAGCCUGUUUUCUAGACUGUCCCAUCUCUUGUGUCACUGAUUUUGGGCUGUGAGCAAACUUUUGAUACUUCACUGAGGGAAAGGCGCCAGCUUCGUGUUUUGUACUUCCUACUCUGACUUUAUUAAAAUGACUGUACAGCAAUUUGUACAUAGAGCUUACAAUUAAACCUAUUUUGAAAAUA